AUGGCUUUCCACACACGCUCUAACAGCUUCCCUUCAAGGCCACACCCGAUCGUUCAAGAAGUUGAUGAACAUUUGUGUAGACUGAGGUCUUCUGAGGCCGCCUCCACAUCUUCUUCAUCAUCAAUAUGCUACAAACUAAGUGGCCUCCAAGACUUGCAUGAUUGUGUUGAUAAGUUGCUUCAGUUGCCAUUACAGAAUUUCAUAAGAGAAUUUCCAUCCUUCAGCUGCGGUAGAUAA